AUGGGCAUAGUUUGUAUGCUAGUAUUGUGUCUAGCCUGUAUAGAACAUGUUGUCUCAGUAACCCCUGUUCGUAGGUUACCACAAAAUGGGUAUAAUGGAGAAUAUAAGCCACAAACUGAGAGCUCUGGUUGGAAAACUUGCACAUCAUGCAAAAUAAACAACCCCGAAUCCAUAUCCCAAGUGAAAUUGGAAAUUAGUGACGUGAGGGACAAUGUAGAUUUUCACUUUGGUAAUUUCAUUAAAGAACUCAAGACUCAUUUUUCACAUAUAAAAGAAGGAGUAGACAACUCAUAUCUGCCAAGGCUACAAAAGGCAUUUGAUUCUGUAAUUUACAAGAUAGAAAAUUUUAAAGCCCAAAUAAAAGUCAAUUACACCGAUACUUGUGACAAGUUCCAGGGAGACAUUAGCGACAUUAAAAGGAUUGACAAACGACUAAAGAAUACGAAAACACUUGUAUCAGAAUUUGUAUCAAAUGGAACACAGUCGUUCCUUAAAAUUUUUAAACAAUUACAAAAUGAGUUUUCGGGCUCAAGCCCAAGAAAAACAGAAAAUGAUGAACCUAGUAAAGGUCCUACAAAUAUAAAAGACGGAAAUAUUGAACUGAAAGAUGUUCCACCAGAGGCAAUUAUAAGAACAAUUGAGAGCUUCCUUACUGAUUUAACAGUGGAGGGAAACAAACUACUAGAUAAGGUUCUAUUUAAAACAUAG